UACACACACACACACGUACAAGCACGCACGCAUAUAUACACAACAGAUACCAACGUACACCAAAGAUCAGCAGUGAAUUGGUGAAUGCACGCAUCGGACUCUCCUUGCCGACGUUCGUUCUUUUACAGUGCGUGCCUUACUCGGAUACCGUGAAGUAUAUCUACUUGUUUCGUAUUAUCUACGUGGCGUAUUGUAACGAACGCUUCGUUCGAGUUCUCGGAUAAAGAUGCGAAAGCGUAGAAUAAACCCAGAGAAAGACAAACGAGUGCCCUUUAAAAUCACGUAAAUGGAAAGACGAGUGGUUGAUUUGCUGCCACGAUAGUGCCAUCGAAGUUAUUCGCGAGUGUCCGAGUGCCCUGCCUGAUGUUUCGAGCGAGACCGCAUUGACCAGUGCCAAAAAUAACAGAGCAAUCGGAUUCGAAGUGGAAUUCGAAUCAGUUUACAAAAGUACGGCGGUAAUUUUUUGGUAGACAGUCCCGAUACCAUGCGUCGGGCCGAGCAAUCGUUAUCGAUUCAUUCCGGGGUUCUCGAUAAAAGUUGAUUCGAGAACCGUUGGAUCAUGAUGAUCUCUCGAAAGAAAGGAAUUCCAUAGGUUCCAGUUCAAAGGGGAUUUAUCAUUUUCGCCCGCCGCUGUACGGUAACGAUCGCGAAGAAAUGUGAAUUCGUGUUCCUCGAAUUUGUCGAUUCGCAACGAGUAAAAGGGGCCUAUACGAAACCGAGCGGCGUGAAAUUUUCGUCUCUUUUGAUACGCGCGCUUCUAACCGAUACCUAGGUACAAGUUCGUCGGCGGAACUAUGGCUAAUAUUCUCGGAGCGUCCAGCAUUCGAGCGCACUUGUUCAAACGGUAAAGUUUAACGCAGUCGCGGUACCGUUCCGAGUCGGCAAUUAAUUGGAGCAUGACACCUGGAUGGACUUUUCGUAACAUUCUUCGAUGGUUUGCGAACGAAGUUGCCCGGUGGAAAAUGACGUCGACCGAGGACGGUGACUUGAUAGAUCUCGGGAAUGAAGAGGUGUGCGUGCCGCGGGUGCCGGUUGCGGAAUCGUUGCCCGACGAACAGGAACAUCUUCUGGACGUGUGCCCGCCGAAACUCGAGGAGACCCUCUCCUUGACCAGAAAGCAGGAACAAGUGCAAAGCGUGAGCGACGGUACCGACGUGCUGGUCACUUUGGGUCACGAUCAGGUCGUGCCGAUUCGCAAGAGGAUCGACGUCGUUUCCUCCGACACGAUCAAAAGAGUUCGUGACAUCACCAGGAAUUUGGAGCCGGUUAUAAGGAGGACCUGUUCCGCGAUGAACGAGGUGCAUCAUCGGGACACGGUCGAUCAUGGAAGGGGGUUGGCGAAUCCCGAGGACGGGUGUCACGGCCCUUCGGAGAGGCGCGAGGACGGGACGUUCGAGGCGCAGGAGAUCAGCAACGCUUUCGACUUCCUCGCGGAGCACGAGGACGCCGAGGAACAGCUGGAAUCGGCGUACGAUUGUCGCGAUCCGCUCGACGACUCCCACGCGUCGGUGCUCUCCACGCGUUCCGAGAACGAAGAUCUGUUGAGUCGCCAUCGCGGUUCACCGAUGACAUUAAAUAGGAAAGCCACGGAGAAAUAUUUCCACACGGUCGACUCGAAUAAUUCGGCGUUCGAGUUGUCCACGAAUUUCGGCGCGCUGCGCGACGACACGUCGAGGAAGAUCAGACGCGACGGCUCCAUCGAUCGGGAGUUCGAUCUGGAGACAGGUGAUAAUGUCGUCGCUGUUAAGAGACGUUGCGAGGAUGGAACGUUCGGACUAACGGUCGGAAGAGUAUCGUUCCAACGAGCGCAUCGUAAAUCCUGGACCGAAGGAACUAGCCUUAAGAUCGGAUCUAAGGACUCGUUUCCGCGAUUCGAUAGGUCAACCAGUUUGGGAGAGUACGGUAGCGAACCGUCGACUUCCAACGCUACUCACAGGCGAUCCAGCUUUAUUUCCAGUUUCUCGAGGGACGAAGAGCUGGAGACGAAUCCAGAGGAUGGCUGCUCCGAAUGUUCGGAGGUAGACUGGUCUUGGCUGGAGGAAGUGGAGUGCACGCGAUCCACGGAUCCGUCGUUGGCACCGGUUGCGGUUGACGCGGUUCAAGAGAGCACCGAGCAACACCGAGGAGGGAGUGCAUCCCCCACCAGGGAAAAUGCAAGGCGCAAGCGCGGCUGCGAGCACCGUGCUACCGAUGCGGGCUGCAGUGCCGCGAUGUCCGUCUCCGGGACGGCAAAGUCCCCGGUGGUCGGUAGUUCGCGAUGGUCGACCACCUCUGACCAGCUGUCCUCCGGUCUUACCGAGGAGGAGAUCGAUCGCGAUGAAGCGUCAACUCGGCGUAGCGCGAGCAACGAAACCGUUGGUCGGGAGACAACAGGCCGCGACAGCAACCCCGCCACGCUGGUCAAUUCCUGGCUCAGAGCUUCUAUGAGACGUCUGCGACAUUUGAGACUACCGGACGGGAUCGAGCGACAACGCGGCAUUGCCGAUUCGAACGGUCGCCGGGGAAUAGCGAAUUCGUCUCCUAUCGGCGUUACGACCGCUACGGUGACCGCAGCCGCGGCCGCCACCCCGUCAGCGCCAAAUUCUCUGCCGGACAUAGCGUUGAUCGCACCGGAGAUCCUGGCAGCACAGACCAAUGGUACUUCCGGUACCCUUCUCAGGCCGUCCAGUGCUCCCGUCAGGAACGUAAACAGCCUGAGCGCGGUGCCGUCGCGUCGAGGUGGUCGACAGUUCAGAGGAAGUCGAUCGCAGACCAGCAGGAGUCGCGAGUUGUCCUCCAGGCAGGGUAGCGUUCUGUCGACGACUACCGGCAGCGAUACCACCGCGUCCGGUACGACAACGUGUUCCAGCUCCUUCGGCGAUGCUUCCACCAGUCCACCUUCCAGCACGGUGACUAGUCCGCAGCGUAUCGCAUCCAGGCGGAUAUGCGAAAGGCAAAGAGACGUCGACAGGGACGGGGAUAGAGGCGAGGACGAAGACGAGGACGCGAAUCCAUUGGGUAAAUGGCCGCAUGCUCUUAGUCCUGCGUUAGCCUGCCUCAGUUGCACUCUUGGCCUCUUUAAUAUAAGUAGAUUCUCUAUCCUUAGCGUACAAUUCGGAGCGAAUUUCAUUGUACAGUUCCUGAUUUUGUCUCUGGUAUUGGGCAUUCCGCUUUUAACGUUACACGUCUGCCUCGGGCAAAGAUUAGCGGCUGGAUCCGUAGACAUGUGGAAGAUCUCUCCCCUUUUCCAGGGUGUCGGUAUAGCUCUCCUAACUGCACAAGCGUUUAUCGGUAUUUACAGUAUCGUCGGCGUGUCCUGGAUGUUCGUGUACUUUAGGGAUUCGUUCAUCACGAAACAGGACAAGUACCGGUGGGCGGAACCGUUGUCCCUGUACAGGGAGGACAGGCCCGCGCAGAACGCCUCCUCCACCCUGUAUAAACUCUACGAAACGGUGCCGGAUUAUUUCAGCGGAGUGGUGUUGCAGAGACACCACCUGAACGAGUCGGAUCCCGGCGUCGUCACGCUGAAAUUUCAAGUCGCCUUCAAUCUGGCCGUCGUGUGGAUGAUCGUGUUCGUCUCUUUGAGCAAAGGUUUAAGAUCAUAUGGGAAGGUGGUCUACGUUUUCACGCUGGUACCCGUGUUCGGCACUCUGGUGCUCUGCACGAAACUGCUCGGCCUGACGCCACCGGGCUCUAUACAUCAGCUCUUCCCCGCCACCGUCGGCACGGAAUUCUUCAUCAACGGCAAGUCCUGGGUGGCAGCGUCCAUCGAGGUUUUCCUUACCUGGGGAUUACUCGGCGCAGCCGCGAUGCAGAUCGCAGCUCACAACAAGCACAAGCAUCUCCUGCAACGUGACACGAGCCUCGUGAUAGUAUUAACGAUAGUCGUGUUAUUUCUCGCCGCCUUUUUGGCGAACACGUGCGUGCAGAUUCUCAAGCACCACGGAUACGUUUAUAUCCCAAGUUCGUUCGAAAGAAUAUCGUCGUACAUAUUCGUGAGGCCCGUGAACCAGCCCGCCCCUCCAGGAUACAGCAGCACGCCGGAGAGAUUUAUGGCCCACGCGUCGUUCAUCGUCGGAGAACGCGUAACUCGUCCCGGCGCGGAUUUCAACGUCGAAUCUGGCUACCAAGCUCUGAGACUCUCCACGGAACUAGUUCCGGCGACAUUGGCGCUGCUGGGGACCGAGCAGGUAUCCCCGUUUUGGGCGGUACUCUUUUAUUUUGUCCUCAUUCUCUUCGGAAUAGCUCAACAGUUGGCGAUAUGGCACUGCGUGAUAACCGGCAUUAUGGCUAUCAACGCGAAAAUGAUGAAACUAUGGGAAACCACCAUCACCUUCUUCAGCUGCGCCUGCGGCUACAUACUGGGACUGCCCAUGGCUACGGAGAGGUACCUCUUCGAACACGUGAAACACUGCGGUUCGGUGUUGGAGGAAUGCCCGUACGGCUGUCGCGCUUACGUGACUCGGAAAAAUAUGGAAGAACACCGGAAGUCCUGCGACAGAAAUGCCUCAAGGAGGAGCAGUCGGAUCCCGGACAACGUUCAGGACUCUCUGUGGAGGAACAAGGUGUUCUCCGCGCUGACGUUGCUUCGAUCCGCUAUUUACAACGAGGAAAGGGAGCGCAGAAGUCUCCAGGACAAGCUGGUCGGGUGCAUGCGACUGUUGCACUCUCAGCAAGAGACGAUCGACGCGUUGCGACUCCGUGUCACGGAGACGAGACCCGACGCUGCGCUGAACGAACGCCUGAGCGACUUGGAACUGAGCUCCGAUGACAUCCAGCGACACACCAGCAUCGGUUUCCAACAGAUCUCGGAACAGUUGAGCCUGCUGCACGAAGAACUGUCCGCUCAACGGAGCAGGCAAGACCGUGUCUCGAGUAACUACUGGACGGAGCUGAAAGACUUGAAGUCAUUCCUAACCGAGGAGACCGCGCGUCUGACGGAGACAUGGCGGAAGCAGCAGCAGCUGAUUCACGAUCUGAAGCUGGAGCUAGAGAUGCGUUGCAAAAGCUCGAACGAAUUCGCGGAGCAGCAGAAGGCGCUGGCGAAGAAGAUCGACGCGCUGGAAGAAGAAGCGAGGAGGCAAUCGGCGAUCGUGAGCGACCAGUCGAUUCGCGUUAAGGGAUUGAAAUUUCAGGCGAAGGAGAACCUGAAAUACCUCGAGGAAUUGAUCAGAGAUAGCGCAAAACUGAACCCGACCGAGUUCCUCGAAUGCACCUGCGAACGCGAUCAAUUCCCGACCAACGGUCGACUAUUGUGGAGGAUCGACCGGUAUAAGGAGAAAAUGUCCGACGCAAAGGAGAGCGAGUGUGCCCUUUAUAGUCCACGAUUUUCCAACAAGGAGUACGGAUACACGUUGAGAUUAGAGUUAUUCUUGAAUGGCAUAGGACAGUGGAGGGGCCGACACGUUAUCGGAUGCCUCCGCGUGGAAAACGGCGAGUGGGACCCGCUAUUGGAUUGGCCGUGCAUUCUGAAGGCCACGGUCAUAUUGAGGAACCAAGAGAACCCCGCCAACGACGUGAGGAAGUUCGUGAAGACCGUCGGUCGCGAUAAAACGAAUCCGGACUCCGUGAACAAGGAAUCCGGCGUGUACAUGUUUAUCCCGCAUACCACGUUGACUCGAUACCCCGGCUAUAUUAAGGAUAACGUGCUAUUUCUCGACAUUCAAGUGAGGGACAUAAAAACCAGUCUGGGUAUACACGUGGUAUAUUACUUGGACUACACGAUCGGCGGCUCAUGGUGGAUAAUGAUCCUGUAUUUGGUGCAAGUGGGUGCUGUGUUCGCGGUGCGAGGUCGUCCCCACAGCGGCGAGGCGGUCGUUGCCGAAUUGUUUCCACCGACUGGUCGAUGUCUCAGGCACUGGGCCGGACCUCUCUUGUCCUUCACCUGGAACGUCGUGCUGCCCGUUAUCCUGAUGGUACUUAGUAUCACGGUAUUUAAGAGCGCCGGGUUCCGAGAACUUUACUCUUAUCGACGCACUACCAAAGAUUACUGGUCGGUGUGGGCGAGGCAACUAGGGGCUGCUAUCCAACUGAUACCGAUAUUAACCAUACCGGCGGUGGCUAUCAUUCAGACGUGCCGAUACUUGAACAACGGUCCUCCGGAUAUAUUCGACAGGAUCCAGCUGCUGUACAGACCCUCCUUGGAGACAGACGAUCCGCGAGAUGCUCAGACGCACAUAGGCGGCGACACAAGCACCAGCAUCCACGGGAAUGGUAUUGUGCCUGCGACCACGGAAGUACCGUUCGAGGAUCCACCGCCAAAGUACACGCCUCCCCCUAGUUACACUACUGCGACCGGGGCAAGGAUCGCCAAGAUGCUGCGGCAAAGUUUCCGGAGAAGCGUCAGGCGAAUAGCGAGCGUGCUCGGUGAAAGCAGCGCCCCAAGGCAGAGACCGGCGUUGCAACCUCCGCCCCCUGAUUAUGCAACGGUCCUCGUCGAGAUGAAUCAGGGAAGGCAAUCGCAGGAUGUGGCGAUUCACGUGAGCGACGGAAGGACUGAGACCGUUGACGAUGGCGACGGCAACGGCGGCGGCGGCGGCGACAACGGCGGAAGUUGCAGUGUCGGCAUUGCGUCUACGAUGCGAAACGACGCUCUCGAAAGACACAGGCCUAAUACAAUAGACAGAACGACGAGGAUCGCUACCACGGUCGGAUGUUCCAUCGAGCGGAUGCACUCGACGCUCGAGAGGACUCGGACCAGACCGUCUACCACCGGUUCGUCGAGCAGCUCGAAUCUGACCGCGGUCGACGUCGCGAAUCUGCUACGAAGUAGUAUUAGAAGAGGGACCACGCGAACCCAGCAGUCCUUGCGUAGAAGUUUUUGCCACGACGAGCCGACAACGGCGGCCUCCGUCGAGAAUCUAGUCGAGGCCGCUGCACCGAUUGGCGAAGAAUCCUUAGUCCUCCCAAAGGACGUGUCUCUAGUCUCCUCCGAUGAACAGGCUAACAUCGAUAGUAACGAUAAAAAGACUGCCGUGGAAACGGACCACUCCGUUUCUGUGAUAUAGACUGUGUCCUUAUUUUCAGUUUUACUCGAGGAAAGAGUCCGGGUACGAUUACUCUGAUGGAUUCCGGCGACACCGCGUGUCGUGAUAAAUUGAUGGUCUCCCCUUGUAUGAUCUUGAUGAAAUUACUUCGUCCCAUCUUUGUGUUCCGCUGAUCUACUCUGAUCUGUUAGUAAUUCGCGCUGAUCGUAUGAAACCGUGGAAAUCACGAAACGCAGAAACGGAUUGGCCUUCGAUCGAACGACAUCGAUCGAGAAACGAGAGUAUCAUGUCAUUCUUUCAGACUGAACGCAGUACUUCUUUCUCUUGUUAACUCGCAACCGCAUAAUCUUAACGUUCUAUGUGUCACGAUAAUUUUUGCCAGGCGUCAACGGAAAUCGAACAAAGAUCAAGGGGUGAAACGUUCAACGUACUCGUUUAGCAUUUCGAAGUUCGAGCACCUCGAAUAUUUAGUUCGUGCCUGUGCGAUUUGAUAAUUUCGCGCACGUCGAAAUUCAUUAAUGUUUAACUCGCAUCGAACCGGUGUACUUUGUCUACAAUGAUUUCGACAAUUUGUAUUUGAGACUGUGCAGAUGAAACGUCGAUGAAGAUAUAUCGCUAUAGUCUCCUAGUAGUUCUUAACGUGUUUAUGUAUGAUGUAUAUAGCAUAUUAGCGAAUCAUUUUAACUGGAGUUUGCUUGUUCAGCGUAUCGUUCAUUAACAGUAAUGGCCGGUUUGUGUUGCAACCGCAUACAUACGUACAGACACGUACACACGUACAUAUAUACAAACACACGCACACACAUAUAUACACAGAAACAUACUACAAGUACAUAGUCCGUCCAGCAUUCAUCGAAAAUUACGCAUGUUUUCGAUCGAUGCAAGUAUAAAUACUGCGAUGUUCAUUUAAUAAAUAAAAAAAAUAUAUAUGUAUGUACUUUACAGCGAUAUAUGUACGUUAAGCAGUACACAGCAAUACGAUUAUGGCGAACUGAAAUCCGGCAAAGAAAAGAAUAAUGUAAAAAGUGUAUUAUUACAUAGAGAAUUAAGUAGUUAUAGUAUCGCAAAUAUUCUAAACUAAACCUUAUACGUGUAACUGCUAUACCUGAUAUUAUGGACCAUAAUAAAGUUUUUAUGUUUUUUUGUAAAUUCCGACCAAUUUCGUUCAAAUCGAUGGAAUUCGAGGAAAGAUAAAAAACGCGAACGAUAUUUUCGAUUUCAUAUUAUGUAAUACCAUCGUAUCUGGCGUCGCACAGUUAACGAAAAUAACAAUUGCCACUUUCGCUCGAGGGUAGAAAGAAAGAAGGAAAAGGGUACGUAUUUGACGCUCGUGUAGCACAGUAAGUUUGUUUUUUUUUUAUUAGAUGCCAUUGAAAUAAUAUGAAUUCUAAUGGUACUUUAGUACUUACACUUAAGCAAACGUAAUGUAACUUUGUUACAAAAAGCCUUUCAUUUUCGAACGUAUACAAAACUAAAUAAACUAUGUAUAUUACAACC